CUUCGGGCAACAUCAACUUCAAUGCGCCAAUCAGGCCAGCGCUCCACCGAUGAGGAACCGACAACGACAGGGCCAUUGCAAUACGCGCCCACGGAUUUCAAAUCCGAUGCAGUUGGGGGGGCCUGCCUUUCGGGAAAGCCAGGUCAUUCAGGCCAUUGAAGAAAGUGCAGCUGCUGGCAACGAUGACUUGUUGUGAAUUCGCUUGUUAGCAUGGAUUCAACGAUGCAAUGUCUUGCUUCUUGGUCGCUUUAUUUCGGUGCACGGGCGUCAGGGUUUGUUUUCGGAGUAUAUACCGUUUUUCACAAGCUUCAUGGAACAUAUGCUGCGAUCUGCUACUGUUUCGUGAAGUGGAGGACCCCAUUGAGUCUUUCCUGGAGUCAUUGGAGAUUUAGGAGUGAACCAUUAUACCUACUGCUACCAGAGUUGAUCUCAAAUUUGAAUGGGUUUCCUUGUUCUCGGGCUCAGACUACUAUUGGUUGACCCCCCUGGGUACUCUGUUUGCUUAGGGCUACGUAGGACUGCAUGUGCAUUGCCAC